AUGGCGAUAUCGGAGCCCUCCAGAGCAAUGACUUCAAGCGCCAAAGAUGCAGUUCAGUCUUCAAGUUGCUCAGAGAAGCUUUCCAUGGGAAAGUGGUCAAGCAUAUCCUCUGACGCGAAAGUGCCAGCGCUUCCCGUUUCCCUCGAAGUUAAGGAAGCCAAAGAAGCUGGCUACCAGGAAGAUUCGGCCAUCGAGUACCCAAGAGGCAUUCGACUAGCCCUUAUUAUCCUAGGUCUUGCUAUGGCUGUAUUCUUGGUGUUUUUGGACAUGACUCUGAUUGCAACGGCCAUUCCUGCAAUCACAAAUCAAUUCAACUCACUUCAGCACGUCGGAUGGUACGGUUCCGCGUACAUGUUGAGCCUUUGUUCGUUUCAACUAGUCUACGGCAAAUGCUACGAGCUGUUCUCUUUGAAGUUGACAUUCAUGGUGGCCAUCGCCUUCCGAGAGGUCGGUCUAGCGGUUUGCGGAAGCGCACCCAACUCUAUUGCCUUCAUCAUCGGUCGUGCCAUUACCGGCAUCGGCUGCAGUGGCAUCAUCAUAGGUCCGAAGUUUCAAUCUCUCUGGUUCUAUCUCAUCUCUCUCUCUCGUUCCACUCUCGUCGUUGGCUCAUCUAACCAUCAUCGUCAAAUCACAGGUACCUGGGUUGUUCUGGCACAUUCCGUCCCAAUCCGCCAACGGGCAGUGUACACUGGGUUCCUGGGCGCAUUCUCAGGCGUUGGCGGCAUCAUCGGUCCUCUGAUCUCAGGGGCCUUGACAGACAGUCAUUUGUCCUGGCGAUGGGCGUUCUAUAUUAGUAUUCCUGUCGGUAUCGCAACACUGGGAUUGAUUCAAUUCUCUUUCAAACCUCCGGCCCAGAUUAUCUCUGGCGGCAACAGAAAGCUGUCUUCCAAAAUCAAGGAAUUCGACAUAAUUGGUCUCUCCGUUUUCUUCGCCUGCAUGGUCUGUCUUCUAUUGGCACUCCAGUGGGGCGGGUCGGAGUAUCCGUGGAGUAGCGGUCCCAUGAUUGCACUCCUCGUGUUAUUUGGGGUCAUGCUGGUCGCUUUCGUCACUUCACAGAUUUGGAAAGGUGACAAGGCCGCUUUACCACCUCGGCUUAUGAAGCAGCGCAACGUUGCGUUUGCUUGCUUUUAUGCCGCCUGUAUCGACGCAGCUUACUAUACUGCAGAUAUUUGGCUGCCAAUAUGGUUUCAGGCGAUCAAGGGCAACUCGGCGAGAGAGUCUGGCAUCAAGCUUGUGCCUUAUGUUGGUGGAGAGGUACUUGCGGCGUUGGUUGCCGGAUACCUGGUGACCCUCUUGGGAUGGUAUAACCCCUUUAUGCUCUUUUCUACAGCCAUCUCUUCGGUCGGCCUUGGACUUAUGACCAGGUUCGAAGUUGACACGGGGCCAAGCGAAUGGAUCAUUUAUCCUAUCAUCGCAGGCAUCGGGAUUGGUGCAGGGACCCAACAACCCAUGAUGGGAGUGCAGUCCACUCUCGUUCUCGCGGAUAUCCCGGCUGGGACUGCCGCUGUCACUCUUUUUCAGAAUCUCGGUCCAGCAGUCCUCAUGUCGGUCGCAAAUACAGUCUUUGUCAACAAUUUGAAGCGGAAUUUACACGGCCAGGGCGGACUCGACGGACAAGCUAUUGCUGACAUGGGAGCUACCAAUCUGGAGGACAUGAUCUCGGUAGAUCUACUUCCGGGGAUCAUCAGCGCGUACAACAAGGCACUCCAAGAAACCUUUCGUGUACCAAUGGCAGUGGCAGUCAUCUCCAUCAUUGGCGUAUUAGGCAUGAAGUGGGAGAAAUUGCCGGCUUAA